AUAUACAUCUCAACCACCCUGUUUUUCUCUUCCGAAUCAAUCUUAUGGAUCAAACCAGUAAGAAUAUUCCGGCGCCGGCGAGGCCACCGGUGGCAGCCGUCGGAGGUGGUGUUACGAAGAGGUUGAAUCUCCGGGGUAGUUAUCUGGCCUCGCCGAGGUCUCACAGCAUAAACAGAGGUCCCACAACUCCUGCUUCUAGCCAUGGAUUUGAGGCGGCGGCGCCCACCGGGAACAGGUUGAGGAGAAGGCAGGCGGGUAGCAAAGAGAUUGUUAUGAGGGCUUUGGCGCCGCCGUGUCAGAGGCCGAGCUUGAGGUGGCGGAAUUUCAGGCCCAGGCCUAGCCGUUUUUUCGUCAUGCCUGUGGCAUGAUUGUAAUUAACAUCUAGGUCCAAGAAAUUUCAAUACGUAAGUUAUAUAUAUUCCCGAAGAUGAUAUUAUUUUUUCCUUCAAAUUGUAUAACAUUAUUAGGCCUUGUUUGGGUUGGGAAGAUUAACCAUUAUUAAUUCAAAUAUUUGAAUUUUGUUUGA